AUGGAGAAAAGUGAGUUAAGUCAACAUGAUAUUAGGUAUUAUGAUUCAUAUUCUCAUCAUGGGAUUCAUGAGGAAAUGUUAAAAGAUGAAGUUCGUACACUUUCUUAUAGAGAUGCUAUUUAUCAGAAUAAACACUUAUUUCAAGAUAAAAUUGUUUUAGAUGUGGGAUGUGGGACAGGAAUUUUAAGUUUAUUUGCAGCAAAUGCAGGAGCAAAGCUUGUUAUUGGUAUUGACAUGUCUGAUAUUAUUGAUAAAGCAGAAGAAAUCGUUAAAAUAAAUGGGUUUUCUGAUAGGAUUCAUUUGAUUAAGGGAAGAAUGGAAAAUAUUACUCUUCCUGUAGAUAAAGUGGAUAUUAUUGUCUCUGAAUGGAUGGGAUAUUUUCUUUUUUAUGAAAGUAUGUUAGAAACUGUUCUUCUUGCUCGGGAUCUAUAUUUGAAAGAAGGCGGAUUAAUGUUUCCUAGCAAAGCCAGUAUGUUCAUUGCUGGUAUUGAAGACGCUGAAUAUAAAGAAGAAAAAAUUGGAUUUUGGAACAAUGUAUAUGGAUUCAAUUUUACACCUAUUCAAAAACUUGCCAUGAAAGAACCUUUAGUUGAUACUGUAGAACUUCGAGCAGUUGUUACUGAUCCCUAUCAUCUUUUAACAUUGGAUUUAUAUACUACUAAAAAAGAAGAUCUUUCAUUUACAAAAAAAUGGGAAUUAAAAGCACGAAAAAAAGAUUAUAUUCAUGCAAUUAUUGCAUGGUUUGAUAUAGAAUUUCAUUCCUCUGGAAAACCUGUUCGCUUCAGUACUGGACCACAUGCUAGAUAUACACAUUGGAAGCAAACAAUUUUUUAUUUAAACCAUACCAUUGAUAUUGAUGAAGGUCAAACUAUACAAGGUGCAAUAACUAGUCUUCAAAAUGAAAAAAAUUACAGAGAUUUAGAUAUCGUCAUUGAAUAUACAUUUCAAAACUCUGAAACUCUAAUUCAUGAUACCUGUUCAUACUUCAUGUCUUAA